AAACCCAAAAGUUGUAUCGUUGACUCAAGCAUGUACCAACGAAGAAGGAUAGCGUGAUGUUUGAUUGUUAGUACAGUGUUGUGUUAAAAAACGUUGACAUGAGCAGUAUUGAAGUGUAUGUCACAUAUCUAGAGAAAGAAGGCCCAUUUUUGAAACUAUGGGUACAACUCAACAGGUCAAGUGCUAUGUUCGUGGAAAAACUUAUACGCCAGUACACAGAUCAGUUCGAAAGAGGCCUCUUCGUAACUCAUCCUUCAGCUCUUAUAGUCGGUGGCAUCUGUUGUGCGAAAUACGUCGAUGGAGUUUACUACAGGGCACGAAUAAUCAGCCUCGCAAACGUGUCAGAAGGCGAGGUUUAUGUACAGUUUUGCGAUUUUGGAAAUAAAGAAGUGGUUCCAGUUAGCAAUAUUAGAAAUGUGCAGGUGCGUGCUGGUGAUCCGCAACCACCUCUGGUUGCAGUUCCGGACCAGGCUACGGAAUUUUAUCUCGCUGGUGUAUUGCCACCUCAAGGAGGAGAGUGGGAAGAUUCUACAGUUGAGCACAUAAGACAAAAACUUGGCUAUGAAGAGUUUCAGGGCGUUAUUGUUGGAGAAACUGCUAGAAGAAAGAUACUGGCAUUGUACUCUUCUGGAGGUAUAGAUAUUUCACAGGUUCUGAUUCAGGAAGGUUUGGCGGUUUCUAUUACACCCAGUGCACAACAGAUGAUCAGUCAAAGUUUGCAUACUCCUCAGUCUGUAACACACAAAGUUAAUGUUAAUGCACCUACAGCCCCUUGGCAGACUUUCACGCCCCCGCCAUCUAUAAACCGUGUUUCCAAUAUUAGGCCCAAUCCAGCAUACCAAGUUGAAACAAUGCGGGCUGCCAGAACCAAUGUCAAUAUGAAGAAAAACCCUGUGCAACAGGGCAGUGGAAGAGUCUUUGGAGUACCUGUUUUGGAAGUUAACUCAGAGCAUUUGGUAUAUGUAUCAUUUGUGGACGAUGGUCCUCUUGCAUUUUCUGUCCAGUUAAAAGCUUUUGAAGAUCAGCUUGCCAGCAUGUCGAAUGAAAUAAAUGACAAUCCUCCACAGCCAAUGCUGAAGCCAUUGCUCCCAGGUUCAGUGUGUUUAGGAAGAUUUUCUGAAGAUCAUUUGCUUUGUCGUGCUGUUGUCAUGAGUGUAAUGGAUGACAGGUGUAUGAUAUAUUAUGUAGAUUUCGGGAAUUCAGAAGUUCUUCCUUAUUCAGAAAUAUAUGAAAUUCCAGACAAAUACAUGAACCUAAAGUCUAUGGCACUUAGAUAUUCUCUUGCAGGGAUAAGGGAUAUUCCUUUAAAUGAUGAUCUCAAAGAUGAAUUUAAGAAAAUAGUGCUAGAUAAGUUAUUAAAGAUGAAGGUAGUUAAUCCAGAAGGUCCACCUGUGAAGCAAUAUUGUGAGUUGUAUGUUGAUGGUAAAAGUGUUAAAGACUUGCUACUUGAAAAACUAAGAGUUCAGCAACUGUCUAAGGGGUACAAAAAAAUGCCGCUACCUGCUGUGGGCUUAGUUGAGAAUGUUUAUGUUUCUUAUGUUGAAUCCGUUUCAAGUUUUUAUGUUCAGUUGGAAGCCAAUGUCAGUGGACUGACAAAUAUUAUGAAUUAUUUGGCUUCAUAUUGCAACAGAACCCAGGUUCACGGAUUUUCUCCCACACAGUUGCAAGUUGGUAUGCCAUGUUGUGCAUUGUUUGCAAAUGAUGGCCGUUGGUAUCGUGCAAAAAUUAAGAGUAUUGAAUCUAAUAUGGUGCAUGUUUUUUAUGUGGAUUACGGUAAUUCUGAUACUGUGCCCAUUAGCUCUCUGUGCAAAAUUGAACCAACACUUCUAAGCCAGCCUCCUGAGCAGGCCAUCCACUGUAUACUUAAUGGUUAUGAACACUGUGGUGCUGAAGAUGAUCUUUCGGCAACAUUUGAACUUGCUGUGAUAGAAAAGUUGCUGUCAAUGAAGGUAUUGAAACAUGUUCCAGGUGGCAUAGUGGUUGAUCUUUAUGACACCACCGUUCAGCCAGUGAAGAAUAUAUCUGAUUUGCUGACUGUAGCACAAACAAAGGCAGAAACAGCUGCAGCUCCUGCUCAAUUGGACAGUGAUUGGCAGGAGAGUACUUCAGUUGGCACUGCUUAUGGUGAUAGUGCUUCGGGGAGUACCCAAAGAGAACAGUACGGUGGUAAAGGAUCGAAGAAAAGGAACAAAGCAGGCCAACCAUCUGACACAGCACCUUACAAUAGGCAACGAGGUAGUGAGGACAGAAAUUCACCAUUUAGAAAGUCACAGAGGCAUGACAAUUCAGUGUCACACUGGCAGAACAAAGGAGACAGAAUGUCAUCAGAGUCUUCUGAUGCAGGGAUAGCGAAAGGUGGCAACAGAUUUUCGAGUGGUACACAUCGCAGAGAUGACCAUAAGUCAAACAGUGAAGCAGGACGAAUGGGGAAAGAGAAAGAGUGGGAUAGAAACACAAAGUUUGGUAAUAAAGGUGGACGAUAUAGGGGUGAGAACACGGAGGCUGGUGGUGAGUCACAAAGUGAUGUAUUUCAAAGUGACAGGGGAACAAGGCAGGGGAAUAGCAGGGACCAAAGGAGAUUGCCUGGUAAUGAGAGAGAUGAUGAUACUGAGAACAGAUGGGCACCAGAACGAGGGAGGGAUAGGCCAUAUGAUAGUAACAGAAGAGGAAAUGGAGGAAGAUUUCGUGGAUCUGACCGAGAAACUGAUGGUGACAGUGGAAGGCCUUCUAAUUUGGAUACCAGUAGAUCAUACAGCGAUAACAGAGGAGGAAGUUAUGGAAAUCGUGAAAGAGAUGGAGGGAACAGAAGAGGUGGGAGAUUUGGUGAUAGAGAUAAAGGUAGAGACAGAAACAGUGAUUGGAAUGGAGGAGGCAGAGGUGGUAGAAGAUUUGGAACAGCAGCUGAAAAUUCAAGUUCUGAAGACUCUGCACGGAGCAAUAACAGAAAAUGGGAGGAAAAGCCUGAUCGAAAUGCCAACAAACGAGACCGGUGGAACUCGAGAGAUAUUGGGAGUUCACAUGGUGGUUAUCAGAAUGAUAUGAAUACUACUGCUGUGGCAGCUGAGGGAGACUUAUGGAAUGACACUGAAACUAAACCAUCAGUUAAAACAAUCCCUCAUAUAGAUGUUCAGCUAAACACUGUGCACACAAUGCAGCUCAUCUAUGUUGUAAAUCCAAGUGAAUUCUGCCUCCAGGUAAAUAUGACUGAUGAUUCGAAACUUAAUUCAAUGAUGGAGCAGAUUGCAGUGAAGUAUGGUGAUGGUGGUGGUACUCCACUAGACAAUAUCAAGGAAGGUAUUACAUGUGCAGCACUUUAUUCUAUGGAUGGCUCAUGGAAUCGUGCUGUGAUUGAAGCCGUUUACACUGACACUGUCUUAUGUCGGUUUGUAGACUACGGUAACAGUGAUGAAAUCCCACAUUCAGGACUGAAAAUAUUGGAAAAGGAGUUUGAAAUUCUUCCAGCACAGGCAAUAAAAUGUGUUAUGCUCUGUGCAAAGCCUUCUGGAGAUUCGUGGUCUGAAGAAGAAAUUUUGCGUUUCAAAGAGGCUACUGAUGGGAAAGAAAUCAACACAAAAUUUGUCAAAAGGAAAUCAGAUGUGUAUGAGGUUAUUUUAAGAGAGGCUGCAGAUUCUAGUAAAUCAAUCAAUGAAGAUUUUGGUGCUGAUCCAUCUGAACUGCAGAAAAUUGAGGCUGGGGCAAGUGUUUCUUCAGGAAUUUGUGAUAAUGUGGACAGCAUUUGUGCUACUUUUGGAGACAAAUACCAAUUGCAGAAUACUUUGGUUGGCACCAAGCAUGAUGUUCUAGUGUCAUGGUUUGUUAACCCAGAAAACUUUUAUUGUCAGCUAAUUUCCUUACAAACCGAAUUAAAAAAUAUGAUGGAAUCAAUUCAGACUGAUUAUCGCAAGAAAAAACGUCAGAAAAUAAACAUUGUUGCAGAUACUCCAGUCAUUGCGAGAUUUAAAAGUGACAAAGUUCUGUACAGAGCGAUUGUGAAAGAACUUAAAGGGAAUGCAGUAGUUAUACAAUAUGUUGAUUUUGGCAACUGUGAUAUUGCAGAUGCUUCAGACAUUUGGCCCUUGGAGAAAAAGUACCUUUCUUAUCCAGUUUACGCCUUGCAAUGUUGUUUAAAAGGUGUGAAGCCUCCAAAUUCUGAAUGGAAAGUGAGCCCAUUAGACGUUGGAAAAUUCUUCUCGGAGAAACAAGCUUGUACGUUCCACGGGCAAGAGGAUCACAAAUAUUCAGUUACAUUGGAAAACAAUGGCUCUUCUGUUGCAGAGGCGCUUGUAACAGAAGGGAUUGCUGUGAAAGAUGAGAAAGCACCACCUGCCAAUAACACUUCAGUUAAUGUUGAGGAAGAGUUGGAUUUGACACUGUGCCAGGGCCAGUGUUUGGCAGCUCAUGUUACAUAUGUAUGUACACUUUCCAAGUUCUUUGUGCAUCUGAACCCAGCACGUGCUGUAGAAAUACAAGCUUGCAUAGAAAAUCACAUGCAGCAAUACAGUGAGACUGCAGGCAAACUACCUUCUAGCAUGCUGCAACAAGGAAAAAUGUGCUUAGCAACACCAGAUGGAGUGUGUUGGUAUCGUGCUAUUAUAAUGGAAAUCCAUCAGGAUCAUGUGACAAAUAAUUUUAUUGAUUUUGGAGAUACAGCUGAAGUACCUAUGGAAAGGAUGGCACCCAUCCCAGAUGAUAUGGUGCCAUGUCAUCGUCUGGCUGUCGAGUGCUCAGUAGUGGGUUCCAAUUCAAAUGCUUCUAGUGAACUAGACGAACAGUUUAAACUGGAAGUAGAGGAGCAAGAUGUUAUCCUGCAUGUGGAUAGUGUUUGCGAAGACAGGUUGUGUGUACGUCUGUUUGACAUUGAAGGUCAGCGUCUAGAAUUACUCAAGGAAUUAUAUAAUGAUAAUUUACAAGAGGUAGAACCUGUGUGUCCACUGCCUGUGCUAUCGUCAAAAAUGAUGGUAUGUGUAUCGCACGUGGAAGAGACAGCACCCUUCUUUUGGAUACAAAAUGUUCAAGACAUUGCUGGGCUUGCUCAAUUACUGGAAUCGUGGUUUGAUUUCUAUGAAACUAAAGGCAAUGGAAAAGAUUUAAAGGACAUUAAACCAGGCAAGUUGUGUGCUGCAAAGUCAGGAAAUGAUGAUAAUUGGUACCGAGCCAGAAUAAACUCAGUGGACAAUGAAAAUGUGUCUGUAAACUUCAUAGACUAUGGAAAUUGCGAAAUUGUGCCCAUUUCAAACAUUAAAGCAUUAGAUGAUGGCUUUUAUAGCCCACAUGCAAUGGCAUUGAGAGUUCGCCUUCCUGUUAAUGUACUUGAUAAUGAACGAACAGUUACUGAAUUUCAGAACUACACAGCAGAGAGAGAAUUUUUUGCCCAACUUUCCAGAAAAACUUCUGAAGAGGAUCACUGGUUUAUUGACCUGAUAUCAGAAGGGAAACGUGUGGUAGAUGAGCUUUCAAAUUUAGGCUUGAUUACAGAAGUUGAAGAUUCACCAUUCACUGGAAGCUUUGUGGUAAAAUCUAUAACCAAGGGUGUGAAGGCAUCCGUUUAUGUUACCCAUGUAGAAAGUCCAUCCAGUUUUUGGGUGCAACUUGGAAGUAAUUUGGAUGAAAUUGAAAAACUGCGGAAUAUGUUGCAGAAACAUGCAAAUACUACUGAUAGUAUGAAGACAUUACCUGAAAUAGGUAUGCUUUGUGCAGCUCAAUAUUCAGAAGAUGCAUCUUGGUAUAGGGCUGUUGUAAUGGAUGUAGAACAGACUACAGUCACCGUAAGUUUCAUAGAUUAUGGUAACACAGACAAAAUAACUCUGUCUUCUAGUGGACUGAAGCCUCUAAAAUCUGAUCUUAUUAAUCUACCAGCAUUUGGCUGUAAAUGUUCUUUGGAUAUAACACCAUUGCCUGGUGAGACGGAAUGGUCUGAGGCUGCUAUCAAAAAAUUCAAUGAAAUAGUUGAUGAAACAGGUGGUGUGAUGGUUGCAGAGGUACUUAAAAGUGCAGAAGUGAAUGUAGUGACACUGUACACUGAUGAAAGUAAUGUGUCCUCAAUUCUCAUUGACCUGAAGCUAGCAAUGUCUCCUUCAAUGAAAUUGGAAAACCAAUCUGAAUCCCUGCUUGAGACAUCAGAAGUUGACAAAAGUGGAGAUAAUGGGUUACAGGGGAAGGCAAAUGAUUAUGAUUUAGUAUUUGUUAGCCAUUGUAAUAGCCCUGUUGAUUUCUGGAUACAACGCAAAAGUGCUGUAGGAAACUUGCAAUAUGUAACAGAGAAGAUGGAAAAUGCUGCAAAUUUCAGUGUGUUUCCAGAUGCAAGGGAAGGUGCACUGUGUGCUGCGCUAUUUAAAGAUGAUGGUUUUUGGUAUCGAGCUGAAAUUCUUUCACGUAAUAAUGAUGAUAUGUCUGUAAGAUUCAUAGAUUAUGGGAACACGUCUACCACGGACGAAGUACGUGUUUUGCCAUCUGAUUUAUUACAAAUGCCAGGCAUUGCUGAGCACUGUUCAUUAACGUUUCCUGAUGAGGUGAAUGAAUGGUCUGAAAAUGCAUGUUCAAAAUUCUUGAGUCUAGUCGGUGAAGGAGAAACAGAAUUUCAUAUGAAGUUGGUGAAAGAAGGGCCUGUGAAUGUCGUAAGUCUUGACUACAAUGGAGAACCGGUAGAACUGAUACUUAAACAGCUAUAUUUGAAGGAAAGUGAGUUGGGAAAAGUCAGUAUGGUAAUAGAUGAGCCAACAGACACAGCAGAAGUAUCUGAGAAAAAAAGUUUUACUGUUAGUGGAUUUGAAAUUCCAGAUGGUGAAAUACGCCAAGCGUCUCAAGAAAUUGAUCCCACAGUUUUAUCACAAAAUGGAAGUGAUAACUCUCAAAUCAAUGAGAUGCCUAAAGUGAAUGAAUCUUUCGAAGUUGAGAAAAGUGGAGACAUUGGGUUACAGGAGAAUGCAAAUGAUGAUGAUUUAGUAUUUGUUAGUCAUUGUGAAAGCCCUGCCGAUUUCUGGAUACAACGCAAAAGCGCUAUAGGAAACUUGCAAUAUGUAACAGAGAAAAUGGAAAAUGCUGCAAAUUUUAAUGUGUUUCCAGACGCAAGGGAAGGUGCACUGUGUGCUGCGCUAUUUAAAGAUGAUGGUUUUUGGUAUCGAGCUGAAGUUCUUUCACGUAAUAAUGAUGAUAUGUCUGUAAGAUUCAUAGAUUAUGGGAACACGUCUACCACAGAUGAAGUACGUGUUUUGCCAUCUGAUUUAUUACAAAUGCCAGGCAUUGCUGAGCAUUGUUCAUUAACGUUUCCUGAUGAGGUGAAUGAAUGGUCUGAAAAUACGUGUUCAGAAUUCUUGAGUCUAGUCAAGGGAGGAGAAACAGAAUUUCAUAUGAAAUUAGUGAAAGAAGAUCUUUUGAAUGUCGUAAGUCUUGACUACAAUGGAGAACCAGUAGAACUGAUGCUUAAACAGCUAUAUUUGAAGGAAAGUGAUUUGGAAAAAGUCAGUACACUAAAGGAUCAAACAUCAGACACAGCAGAAGAAUUAGUUUUGCAAGAGCAUGUGAAUGGAACAUCAGUGUGUGAUAAAACUGCACUACACAACACAGAACUUCAGCUGGUUACCUUAAGUGCAGAUGGAGUCGAAAUUGAAGAGAAACUUGCUGCAUCUAUGGUAAAAAAUAUACCUGAAAAUAAAAAUUUUGAUAUUGGAAGAUCUGAAAUUCUGGAUGAUGAAACGCACAUUGCACAUAAUGAAAUCAGUACCUGUAUUUCACCACAAUUUAAAUCUGGUGACUCUUGUGAAAAUGAGGCAUCUGAGAUUAAGACCUCUAGUGAUUUUGUAUCUCCAGAUAUUAAAGGUAUAGAGAAUAGCUACAGGCACCCUACAAACAUGCAACGAGAAGGUCAAAACUUGGAACUAUUACAAAAUGAACAGAAAGAUGAUAAUCAGAUCAAGACAAAGCAUCGUGAAACACUAAUCCAGGACCUUAAUGUUGAAGUUAAAGUCCAAUCUUUAUCAGAUCAGACCAAGGAAGACAUUGUCUCACAGAAAGUGUUUGAACAUCCUCCAGCAGAUGCUGGUAGCCCUGAGGCAUUAACUAAUGAAAACAAAACAGUUCCUGAUCUGUUGCAUUGAUUUCAACAUUCGAAAACAUCACCACAUUUAAAUCUCUGCAAAAAAAUGUGAGUAAUACAGUAAUAGUAGGACACUGUUGUCACCGCACAGCCCCAACCAUGAGAACAUUGAAAGACUUUCACUGGGUUAAGGAGGGAAGUAAUGAUUACACAGAAUGUUACAACUUUUGUCACAUGUUACAACUUUUGUCACAAGUGACAAAAUGGAAAUUUCCAGUAUUUUUUCUUCCUCAUGCCAAUGUUAAUACAGCAUCAAUAACACAUAAGAAAAUUUUUGAAAUUUAUAUUUCUGAUAGACAUUACUUGGCUGCUGUAUACAGGAUUGUUAUUGUGUUGCUUACUUUAUUGUUGUGAAUAUCAUGUACAAACGAUGUCUGGAACAAACGGGACGGAAUAUUGUCAAUUUGUUUCUAAGUGUACUUGUUCUGUAUGCAUUGUAGCAAUUUCUAUCCAGUUGCUUUUUAUAACUCAGUUUUAAAUUUAAGUCAGUUCUUUUAAAACUCUGUUUGUUGAAAUGUAAAUGAACUUGUUAUGGCAGCUGCUGGCCUGGUGUCAAUAGAAACAGUUUUUGGCUGUGAUACAUAAAGCACUUACAUUUGCUUGCUGCAUGUCAGGCUAUGCUUGAUGGUGCUUUGAGUGCAAGUUGUUUGCUUUUCUUCCAUCUGCACCAUAUCUUCAAGCCGUGUUACUGUAUAUAGUAAAUAUAGAGUUAAUAUUUGUAUCUGUUAAUUUAAUAUAAUUCUGUUACAUUGGAAAAUGUGAGCAUAAUCCAUUGUAAUAUACAUAUUGGUAAAAGAAGACUGAACCACAUGUGGGUUAAUGUCAUUGUUAACACAUCUAAUCUAUUUUGUUUUGUUAUUUUCUACAUUGUUGAACAAGAUGUACAUUUUUUACAGACAAUACUUUCCUUUUUCAUAAUAAAACAUACUGAGGAGA